GCGAGAACCUAUCAUGGCGGCGGCGGCGGCCCUUUUCACGCCGUAGAUAUCGGUGACGUGCAGCCGACCAUCGAUCUUCUUCCACCGCGUGGGAUUUCCGUAUACGCGGAGGCGGGGGUGUCGUUAUACGGAGACGAUAGUGCGCUAUACUACAACGUUUUUUGCGCGAUCCGCGGGGAAGUGCGCAAUAAGGCUGUGUCUCGUGGCCUUCGGAUGGACGGAUGCCGAAAGGAUGACUCCGGACGUCGCGCGAUUAACGUGUUUGGGCGGAAAAUAACUUGGCUGUCAGAACUCUUGAUUAGAGGAAUGUCAUCAUGCCUAUUCGCGAAUUUUCGCGUUUAGCAGGAAUUAGCGUCUGUCUCGUUGUUAUCAUUUGUUCAUACGUGUAUACUAUACGUUUGCUCGGAUAAUCGUAACAAUUUACGCCUGCUAUUCGCGAUUCGAGGUCACGACGCUACCAUUAUCUCCUUAUCGACUGAACAGAGACUGCAAUCGAAGACUUUCCCAAAUAAUGAGUCAAGGAGGAAAGAGGGCCGAAGUAACAUCAGAUGACGAUUCACUCAAUGAUGCAUGCAGCAUUGCCAGUGGUCAGUCAGACAAUCGCAGUGUCCUAGAGGAUGUCAACGAUAACGAAAUCGAUGAUGUAACCCAGCAAGAGGCUUUUGAAGAAAAACUCAAGGAAGCCAUUGAUGGCUUGACACAAAAGAACACCAAGGGCAGGGUAGUCUGCUUCCAGGGCGUUGAAAAGAUCUUUGCCAUCAAGUAUGUUCCAGAAUUUGUUGAGGAUAGAAAGAUGACCAUCGCAGAUUCUAUUGAGAAAGGACUGAAGAAGGGCCGUGGCGAGGAGCAAUCUUCCGCAGCAAGAUUGAGUACGUUGCUUUGUGUUCAAUUAGGCAUGUACGACAGUGCUGAGACAAUGUGCAAAGAUCUCAAAUCUACAUUAACUUUCAUUGCCAAUGACAACACUGCUUCUCUUAAUGGAAGAUCCGAGUGCUGCUGGGCUCUGAGUAUGAAUCAGUUUUUGUCCGGAAACGACGCAUCGGACACUAUCGAAAUUACACACUUUUUGUCCAGUGUUUUCGCUGGUUCUUAUUUAAAAGGAAAUGGUGCUGUAGCUACAGUUUCUGCCGAAGUCGCAUCGCUACACGCGGCUGCUAUUUCCGCGUGGACUUUACUUUUAACCAUUAUGGCUCCUUCAGACGUUUACAAUUUAUUUGGAAGCAGCCAGACUGGCAGUCCUUUAAUGCCAACGCUCAAUCGAUUGAGUGAAUUGCUUCAGUCACCACACCUGGAUGUACGUAUAUCCGCCGGCGAAGCUUUGGCUGUGAUUUUCGAGCUCGGUCGCGAUUAUGCCGAAGACUACGAGGAGGAGUGGGCACUAGACUUAGUAGAGAUUCUCAAAGACUUGGCCACCGACUCAAAUAAAUACAGAGCAAAAAAAGAUCGCAAACAGCAGCGUGCAAGUUUCAGAGACAUUUUACGGUACAUUGAAGAGGAUAUCAUUCCAGAAACUCACGUCAAAUUUGGCAAGGAAACGUUGUAUCUCGAAGGCUGGUGCGCCCGCACGCAAUAUAACGCCUGCUGUCGGUUACUCGGCCCUGGCAUUAACAUUCACCUGGCUGAGAAUCAGUUACUUCGCGAAAUUUUCCAUCUCGGCAAUCGAGUGGUUAGUCUAGCUGGUAUGACACAUAAAACGAGCAAACGGGAAAAGACUUUAAUGAACGCUGCAGCAUUCAAGGCCCGCACAAUUCAGAUGAACAAAGUCCGAGACAAGCGCUCCGUUGCCUUGGCAAUAUAAAUUUUUCGGUAAUUAGUUUCGUGUGAUUUGGUAUAUUUAAGAUGGCGCAAGUACAUCUGUACAACAUUUUAUUUAUUUAAAUGAUUCGCAAGAAAUACACAGUCUUGUUGAUUUUUUUUGGUAUUUUAAAUUUAUUAGUAUCAUAAUCAUAUACGUUAAAUUGUAUGCACAUGAAAAAGAAUUUUGAAGCGACCGGCAAAGUUCUCGUUUCCCUUAAGAAUCUAGUAUAAUGUCUAUUUACUACUUUUGUAAACUUGACAUACACGUAUACAUGUAUAAUUUAUUGUACAUAUAUCAAAGAAAUUUUUUUGAUCCUUUACGUGUAUCGAUUAUUAGAUAAAUCAAUUCUAUUUUAUUAUAUAUUGGCGCGGACAUUGUUAAUUUGCUUGAAAUUGAGCAAUUUGUUUUUUAUUUAAUCGAAAAUGACGUUAAUUUAAACGUUGCCUUGUAUUUAUUAAAGUAACGCAUAUAAAGCAUUUACACAUACAGAGUAGCAGUUGAUAAAACAAUAACAAUCAUGUAAUAAACUCAAUUAUAAAUAACAAA